AUGAGUUUUGAGAACAAAGUAAUUUUAAUAACCGGCGCUGGUUCAGGUAUAGGGGAAGCUAUCGCUAAAGGGUUUUCUAAAGAAUCAGUUAAAUUAUCCCUAAUCGAUAUAAACGAAGAGAAUUUAGACAAAACCGCAAAAGCAUGCGAGUCAGAGACAGUCGAAGUACACAAAGUUGUAGCGAAUCUAACUAACGACGAAGAUAUUAAAAGUUCAAUAGACAGUACAGUGAGAAAAUUCAAUAAAAUAGACGUAGUUAUCAACUGCGCUGGAAUUUGUGGUUCUGGAAGUAUUUUAGAUGUUGAUUUAUUACAGAAAUUUGAUGAAACAAUAGCAAUAAAUCUGAGAACAACAAUUGCUAUGACCAAUUCCGUUGCAACGCAGCUAAUUGCAACUAAAGGGAAUAUAAUAAACAUUUCCAGUAUUUGUGCGACUUUAACAACGAAGUACAUGAUACCUUAUAACGUAGCUAAAGCUGGAUUGACACAUUUUACUAAAUCAGCGGCUUUAGAAUUAGCUGAGAAAGGUGUACGAGUCAAUUGUAUAUCUCCAGGAUAUGUGAAGACUCCAUUUUUAUUGAAUUCUGGUAUAAAUGAAAAUUAUAUUGAUGCAGCUUUGAUGGCUUGUGCUCAUGUUGUACCUUUGAAGCGUGUGUUAGAGCCAGAGGAGGUUGCAGAAUUGGCUUUGUUUCUAGCCAGUGAUAAAGCUAGUGGUAUAACGGGUUCUGAUUAUGCGAUUGAUGGAGGUUUAUUAUUAUCUGGACUUAAUGCGCUAUCUGAACAUAAAUUUUACUAA